UUUUCAUCCUCUCGGCCACCGUAUUUUCUGACAGAAAAGGGGACAAACUCACUCCAAGAUGGCGCUGCGCACGGGUUGUGCCGUUGCCUUGCGAACUGGGAAAGAUUUAGGGGUCAAUAAUGCGAGGACUUUCAUCACAACAGCUUUCCUCUGCAAACGGGUACCUCCUUUGGGUCCAAUGCCAAAUGAGGAGAUUGACUUGAAAAAUCUGCAUUCGGUGGAGAGGUAUCGCAGCUACAAUCGUUACUUCAGACAAGCCGAGGGGGUGAAGAACAAACCUGCCUGGUGGAAGACCUACAGGGGCUACGUGGAGAAAGCUGAUCCUGAGCAUGGCGCAGAGCGAGUGGACAUUGGACUGCCGUACUAUCGACCCUGCAGGCUCAGAGAAGUGAGGGAGAGGAGGCAGGUGAUGAAGGCCAACAAGGAGAAUGCUGACUUGGAGAGGGCUUGUCGUCUGCGCACUUUUAAAAUCCCUCUGGAUGUGGUGCAGGAAGUGUGGAAGAAGAACAGUGGUCCACUUCAUAUAAAGAGACUGGCAGACCACUACGGGGUCUUUAGAGAUCUCUUCCCCAUGGCUUAUUUUCUACCUCAAGUCUCACUCCACAUCUGCUACAGCCAGGACAACAGUGGUCAAGUGCAUUUUGGGAAUCGGUUGACACCAACUGAAGCAGCAUCAGUCCCUCAGAUCAGCUUUGACGCGGAGGACGGCUCCCUUUGGACCCUUCUGCUCACUUGUCCAGAUGAGCAUCUUCUGGAGAAUGAGGCAGAAUACGUCCAUUGGCUAGUUGGGAACAUACCAGGCGGAGCAGUGCAGUCCGGGGACGAGCUGUGUCACUACCUGCCUCCCUUCCCUGCCAAAGGAACAGGCUUCCAUCGCUACGUUUAUGUCCUCUUCAAGCAGGAGGGACCAAUCAACUUCCAGGAGGAUGUCAGGCCAUCGCCAUGCCAUUCUCUGGUGGAUCGAACAUUUAAGACGGUGGAUUUUUACAGAAAACACCAGGACAACAUGACGCCUGCAGGCCUGUCCUUCUUCCAGUGCCAGUGGGAUGAAUCUGUCACCAACACCUUUCACAACACACUCAACAUGAGGGAGCCGGUGUUUGAGUUUAACCGGCCUCCAGUGUACCACCCUCCACAGGUCAAAUACCCUCAUGGACAGCCCCUGCGCUACCUUGACAGAUACAGAGACGGAAAGGAGUACACCUAUGGAAUAUAUUGAUUAUUAGACACACACUCACAGAAAGGAGAAAACACAUUCAUUGCAAACGUGUCUUUGGCAUAUUUAUGUUCAAAUAAUAAAGCAUUUUUCACCUGUGCUGAGA